UCCACAAUCUACUGUUUCUGUCUAUUUUUUUCUUGUCUAGAAUCGAUAGCCACCCCAUUUGCAUUUGCAUCACUCUCUCUCUCUAAACUGCAACCUUUCUCUGUCCGCCAUUGAUAUCUCUGAAGCUCUUUCCCCAUUGUUCAAUCAAUAAUGGCUGUUUUAGUGCUUGCAAUACUCAUGAUGGCCAUGGCUGGUCGAGCAAGCUGCACAUGGUGCGUUUGCAAGGAAAUGGGCACCCCAGUCCUACAGCAGACUCUAGACUAUGCUUGUGGAGCUGGGGCUGACUGUGUCCCUAUCCAUCAAAAUGGUCCUUGUUUCCUACCCAACACUGUCAGAGCUCAUUGCAAUUAUGCUGUCAACAGCUACUUCCAAAAAAAGGGUCAGGCUCAAGGCUCUUGUGAUUUCAAAGGCGCUGCUACGGUUUCUGCAUCUGAUCCUAGCAUUAACGGCUGCUCUUACCCUUCCAGUGUCAGCGCUGCGGGCACCGGCACAACUCCAACUCCAGUCGGCACAACUCCAACUCCAGUCGGCACAACUCCAACUACUCCGGUCACCACAACCCCAUCUAACACCACAUCCUCGACCGCAACCCCAUCUACCACCACCACUCCGUACACUGCAACACCUACUGGAGUGCUAGGAGGGAUUGGCACUGGUGUAGGUCCAUCAGGAGCCGGAAUAAACACAGACAUCACUGAUGCUGGAUUCAGACUUGAAAACACUGGCUUGUUCUCAUUCUUUAUAACCGUUGUGGUGUCCAGCUUGAUGUUUUAGUGCGGUUGAAGGUGCAAGGCUGUGACUCUGAUUGUGGCGCAGUGGUGGGGUAUGCUGGUAACAGGCGAUGCUGGAUAUCAAUGUGCAUAAGUGGGUAUGCAUGUGAUUCUGUUCUUGUUUAUCUAAAAGACAUGCUAGCUAAGUUUUUGUUUGUUUCUACUUUUCUACUUGGCCAAAAUGAUAGGCUUUCUAAUCCUCUUGGACGUGGUUAAUUCUGUGGUUGCUGCUCUAUCUGUACCAUUUCCCCUGUUUUGUACAUCUAGAUUUAGAUCUGGAAAGCGGUAAUUUAUUAAUGUUCUCCA